AGGAGUCCGUUUGUCGACCUCACCGCGCAAGUGGCACAACAUGAGGGAGAAAACCGCAUUUAUAAAAAGUGACGGAUCCUACUUUCUACAGCUUUUCUCCUGAGCGUCGCCCAAAACUGGACCCCAUCUCUGAGUAGAGGACUUUAAACCCCGAGAAAACGACUCGUUCACGUUCAGGGCUCCCCGCGGGUUUGUGCGUCUGUGUGUGUGUGGUUUUCUGUACUUUUUUACCAUUCUCCAACAUCCUGCAUCUGCGAUCGCCCUGGCAACCAGACACCCUCUCCAUCAUCCUCCAGCGCGUCAUCGCUCCCCAUCACCAGCGGCCACCGAGAGGCACAAGCCCCGCUUCUGACGCUUCGUCCUCCGUGUGGCAACACACCGUUUCCCACCGCGUCCCUCCGGUCACUUUCUGGUCUGUUUUAUUUAGCAAAUAGUAAGUUCAUGUGUCGGAGGCGUCUUUUCUCUCACCACAAUGCCUGUGAGACGCGGCCACGUUGCGCUCCAGAACACCUACCUGGACACUAUCAUCAGGAAAUUCGACGAGCAAAAUCGCAAGUUUCUGAUCGCCAACGCCCAGAUGAAGAACUGUGGCAUCAUCUACUGCAACGAGGGCUUCUGCCAGAUGUUUGGCUUCACCAGAGCCGAAAUCAUGCAGCAGCCCUGCACGUGCCAGUUCCUGGUGGGACCCGGGACCAUGAAGAACGCGCUGGCUCAGCUGGCGCAGGCCCUGCUCGGCUCUGAGCAGUGCAAGGUGGAGAUUCUUUACUACGCCAAGGAAGGGACGUGCAGACCUUGCCUGGUGGACAUCGUGCCUGUAAAGAACGAGGAGGGUCUCGUCAUCAUGUUCAUCCUGGACUUCCAGGAGUUAACGGAUCCUUCUCACAAAAAGUCAAGCCUGAAGCAGAGAGUCAUCCAAGGAUGGAUUUACUGUAAAGCCCUUAAACCUUGUCAGAAUCGCAGGCUGAAGAUGAGGCUGCCCAUGCUCCGCUCCAUGCGUCGAAGCUCUCUCUCCAAAGACCAGUUUGAAGGGGUGGUUGUGGACUACUUGCAGCCAAACAGUGAGGAAGUCCCACUGAAGGAGUUUCGUAUUCCAUCCAAAGAGAGCUGCAUGCAGUCGGAGACCGAGGCCCUGAUAGAGCAGGACGUGGACCCCCCCUCGCCCGCAGCCCAGUCCUCCACCAAGAGACGCUCCCUCCUGGCGGAGCGGCUGGACCCGGGGCCCGCCUUCCCCCGAGGGACGCUGCCUCGGAGCUGUUCCCGGGACAGCGUGCGCAGCCUUCGCCGGGCUUCGUCUCUGGACGACAUCGACGGCAUGAGGGCGGAGUGGAGCAGUCGAUGCGGGGACCCGCGCUCCAACAGCAAUCUGAAGCCCAGCGCCCUGAACUCCACCUCAGACUCUGACCUGAUGAGACACAGGACAAUCGGCCGCAUCCCUCAGAUUACGCUGACCUUUGGCUCCGAACGCAUGAGGCCGCCUUCACCCACCGAGAUUGAAAUCAUCGCACCCAGUAAGAUUAAAGACCGGACGCAGAACGUCACAGAGAAAGUCACUCACGUCACACAGGUGUUGUCUCUUGGUGCCGACGUGCUUCCAGAGUACAAGCUUCAGGCCCCGCGCAUCCACAGAUACACCAUCCUUCACUACAGCCCCUUCAAAGCCGUGUGGGACUGGGUCAUCCUGCUGCUGGUCAUCUACACGGCCAUCUUCACGCCGUACUCCGCUGCCUUCCUUCUCAACGAGGUGGAGGAGGAGCGCAGGAGAAAAUGCGGCUACACCUGCAACCCCCUCAACGUGGUGGACCUGGUCGUGGACGUCAUGUUCAUCGUGGACAUCCUCAUCAACUUUAGGACCACCUACGUCAACCACAACGAUGAGGUGGUUAGCCACCCGGGACGCAUCGCGCAGCACUACUUCAAGGGCUGGUUCCUCAUCGACAUCGUGGCCGCCGUCCCAUUCGAUCUGCUCAUAUUUCGUUCAGGGUCAGAGGAGCCGCAGACCACCACUCUGAUUGGAUUACUGAAGACAGCCAGGCUGCUGCGGUUGGUGCGUGUUGCCAGGAAGCUGGACCGUUACUCGGAGUACGGAGCCGCUGUUCUGUUCCUCCUCAUGUGCACCUUCGCCCUCAUCGCCCACUGGCUGGCCUGUAUAUGGUACGCCAUCGGCAAUGUGGAGCGCACCAGCUCUGCUCGCAUCGGGGGCAUGAAGAUCGGCUGGUUGGACAACCUGGCCGACCAGAUCGGUAAACAGUACAAUGACAGUGACCUAAACUCAGGUCCCUCCACCAAGGACAAGUAUGUUACAGCCCUGUACUUCACCUUCAGCAGCCUGACCAGUGUGGGCUUUGGCAACGUCUCACCCAACACCAACCCAGAGAAGAUCUUCUCCAUCUGUGUCAUGUUGAUUGGCUCUCUGAUGUACGCCAGUAUUUUUGGGAAUGUGUCUGCCAUCAUCCAGAGACUGUACUCUGGCACUGCCCGCUACCACACUCAGAUGUUGCGGGUCAAAGAGUUCAUUCGAUUCCACCAGAUCCCCGGAGGCCUGAGGCAGAGGCUGGAGGAGUACUUCCAGCAUGCCUGGUCCUACACCAAUGGCAUCGACAUGAAUGCCGUUCUGAAGGGGUUCCCUGAGUGUCUGCAGGCCGACAUCUGCCUCCAUUUGAACCGCAGCCUGCUGCAGAACUGCAAGGCCUUCCGCGGUGCCAACAAAGGCUGCCUGCGGGCUCUGGCCAUGCGCUUCAAGACCACCCACGCUCCACCCGGCGACACCCUGGUCCACAGUGGGGACAUUCUCACGGCCCUCUACUUCAUUUCCAGAGGCUCUAUAGAGAUCCUCAGGGAUGAUGUGGUGGUGGCCAUACUGGGGAAGAAUGAUAUCUUUGGAGAAUCCAUCAGUCUGUAUGGGAGACCAGGGAAAUCUAGUGCAGACGUCAGGGCCUUGACCUACUGUGACCUUCACAAGAUCCAGAGGGACGACCUGCUGGAAGUGUUGGACAUGUAUCCUGACUUCUCGGACCUGUUCUGGACCAACUUAGAGAUCACCUUCAACCUAAGAGAUGCAGAUAGAAUAAACCAGCCAACCCCGAGCAGAGACUCUGAAUGUGGCUACCGCCGCUCAAGGCAUCGGAGGGGCUCCCUGCGGCGCCGGAACCGGCCCGACGGGACGGACCGCGAGGACUCCUACCCUGAUCGGUCCUGCGCCAUGCUGAACCAUCACGGCGGAUCCCACUGGGAGGACCUGUGCAGCAGCGCCAGCAUCUGCUCACAGUCCAGUGACGACGAGUUGAAGCCUGUUGGACAGAGCAAAGUGGAGCUGUACCCAGCAGGAGGCGACACGAGAGACUACCCCCCAGCGGUCGUCAACAUGCUGCCCCACAGUGGGCCAUCAACCGGGAUGGUUCCACCUGUGGACCUCGGAGGCUCCCCAUACUCAGCAGCAGCCGCCAUCGGCAGGCCGGGCCUCUACGGCUACUGGUCAGACCGCAGAAGCAGCCAGUUCUCAGAGAGCCAGCAAAGGCCACAGUUUGUGGCCGGUUUCCGCCCUCCGCCCUGUGCUGAGGACCGGCCCAGUGAGUUGGAGUCCAGGCUGGAGCUGCUACAGUCGCAGUUAAACAGGCUGGAGACCCGCAUGACGGCAGAUAUCAACGUGAUCCUGCAGCUCCUCCAGAGGCAGAUGGCCCCGGUGCCUCCGGCCUACAGCACGGUGUCCCCCGGGCCUCGCCCGCCUCACCCCACCUCUCUGUACAACACGGGGGCACCCACAAUCCUCGGCGUCGCUCCAAUCCAGGCAGUGCAGAUCCACGGCUCGGCCUCGCCGCUACAGAGUCCAGAAUCUGACUUGAAGCACAAAUCCAAAGACUCCCUGUCCAGCGGGAUUCACCUCACUGUGGCCUCCGACGACACCAUGUCCAUGUCGCCAGAGGCCGAGCCGCCGCGGCGCCGCGGCGCGGACGUCGCCCCUCCUCAGCUUUCGGGGACCCACGAGUCUCCUAGAGCGCUUGGUGGCAGCCAGCGCUUCCCUUCCCUCCCCGAGCACCUGGAGACCUCCACCACGAUGCAGGAGAUCCAGAGGCACGUGUCCGACCCCGUGCUACCAGGCAGCUAGAAACACCGAACAGCAGCAGAAAACAGAAGCCAAGUCCACCAGAUUGUUACUUCCUCUACUUCUCUAUUUAAACCCCCGCUGUCCAGUUCAGAUGCUGCUGAGUAGCGCGGGGAGCCUCGUCUCCCGCGUCUCUGAGGGUUCAGAGUGCCUCCUGGGUCUUAUGGACUCACCGGCGCCUGCAAAGGCCGCUGUGGGAUCCCUUCACUCCAGACGUCAUGUGCAAGAACAGAAUAUUUCUGCCCAGCAGGGUGAAAGGACUGUGGAGCCUCCAUUGACAAUAAGCAAAGAAACAUAUAUACUGUAUGUGUUAAGCACAUGUGGGUCUAAAAGCUACACAAAAUCCAUCCCACACUAAGGAAUCCUUGAGAAUGAAAAUGAGAUGAAAUGUCAAGGACUGCUGAUAUAUUUCACGUGUGAGGAAUGAUCUGCAUUCACUUUGUAGACUUGCACAUUUAGAGUAUAGAAGAAAUGUAUCUUUAUUUGGGAUUGAAAGUAUUUUCACAACAACCUAGAAAUGUGUUGAAUACAUUAAGACACGCCAGUCAUAACUGUGAGUAUUAGACCGUAUAGGCUUUCUGUUGUUUUGAUAUAUGCUAAAAACAAUAUCAGAUGUGAAGGGUUCAGAAUUCAAUGCAGUGACAUGGAGGGAGCGGCGUUUAAAAUGUAACAUUUGAUCAAGAGAAGCUGUUGUAACGCGCACACAUGCAUUUAAAUGUAGCUCUUAUGAUUAAUCGUGACAGAUUCGCGCAGCGUCCAGAGUCUGGGCUCUUCACCGUGUGUUAGAGAUGGUGGAUAGCGAAAGUGCCGACGUCGGAAGAGUCGUUCUCACGCUCCGGAUCCCCAGGGGAGAGAGGGACCUCAAGUUAUUGACAUGGGUGAAGUGGAAGCUGUCAAUCAUAGACGCUACUCUUUUCUCAGUACAUCCUUGAUGAAACGAUUCAAUCUUCAAACCAUAAGGUGACUGUAAUGACUUAUUACAGGCAUUUAAAUGAUUCUCUACAAUGUUUCUUGAAGCACAAAUUCCUGUUAUUUGUCUUUUUUUAGAUUAAAGAAGUACUGCAGAGGUUCUCUGCCAGUCA